UACGCAUGCGCCGAUGAUUUCAAACUUAACGGCGGUUUGAAGACGCUUCGGAAGAAAGCAGUGGAUAUACAACGUGAAGUAAAAGUGAAGAAAUAUGUCGAGUACUCUGAAAGGAAUAACUCUUAAGGGGAGUGCUGAACUUGUAGCCGAAUUUUUCUCUUUUGGUAUCAACAGUAUUUUGUACCAGCGAGGGAUCUACCCCCCCGAGACCUUUACUAGAGUGACCCAGUAUGACAUGAGCCUUUACCUCACCGUUGACCCCAAUUUGAAAACCUACCUGAACGACGUGGUGACUCAGCUCAAAGGGUGGCUGUUUGACUGCACAGUGCAGAAGCUGGUGCUGGUGAUCACGUGCCUGGAAACCAACGAGGUGCUGGAGCGGUGGCAGUUCGAUAUCGAGUGUGAUAAGACCAUCACAGGGAGCAGUGGCACCAGGGAGAAGUCAAUCAAGGCAAUUCAGGAGGAGAUCCGCUCUGUUAUCAGACAGAUUACUGCCACAGUGACAUUCUUGCCCCUGCUGGAGACUGCGUGUUCAUUCGACCUCCUCAUCUACACGGACAAGGACCAGGUGGUGCCUGAGAAGUGGGAGGAGUCAGGCCCCAAGAUGAUCGCCGACUCGGAGGAGGUGCGGCUGCGCACCUUCACCACCACCAUCCACAAGGUCAGCAGCAUGGUGGCCUACAAGAGGACCGACUGCAUCUAGGCGGCCUGCCGCUGCCCAGCCCUGUAUAUAACACCUUCCCUCCCAAAUCAAACUGCCUGUCCUGUGGCAUCCAUCCUCUUUCAUUUUCCUGUCCUCUCCUCUCCACUAGAGUGUUUCUCUAGUUCUUCCCAGCACCCUACUCUGUGUAAAUAGUGUCAUUUCACCUGAAUACCAAGAACCUUGUAUUUGUUCUCACCUGUUUUAGAAUCGAACGUCCUCUGUAUUGUAUUUUUAAGAAGCACGUCUGGAUUAAAUGUAACUCCGUGAAUCUGG